UUCCUGCCUUAUUUUUAAUAGGGUCUUACUGGACAGAGCUCACUCAGACUAUGAUAGUAUGUUUCGCCAUCUGGAUUUGGAAAUGCUUUCCUCACCACAACAUUCUCCAGUCAAUCAGUCUGCCAUUACCUCAGAAACAAAUACCUCGGACAAAUCUUUCUCUAAAGACCUCAGUCAGAUACUAGUCAAUAUCAAGUCAUGUAGAUGGCGGCAUUUUAGGCCUCGGACACCAUUCCUACAUGACAGUGACAAUGAUGAACUCUCCUGUAGAAAAUUAUAUAGAAGUUUAACUCGAACAGGAACAGCACAACCUGGGACCCAGACAUGCAGUACCUCUACGCAAAGUAAAAGUAGCAGUGGUUCAGCACACUUUGAACUGAGCUCUCCAUAGACAAACAUAAGUAGCAUAACACAGUGUCUUUCCUCAGACAUCAUUCUGUACAGUAAAUCAACAUAAACAACUCCGUUCUUAUUGACUGGAUUUUUUCCA